UCCUCCUCAGCCUCCUCCUCAUCAUCAUUCCUCAUCUUCAAGUCUAAACACCUCGUUGGCUCCUCGCCUCAUCGCGCAAAGGCGAGAGAGGCGAUUGACGAGGCUGGGGCGGCUUGAGAGGGAACUCGUAGUCUCAUCCUGCGUGAGGACCUCCCUGACCUUUGGCUCGCUCGCCAGAAGCCGGCGUAACAUUUUGCGACUCGCAGCUUCUUGAGUGUCAUACUCGUCAAUGGACUGAGCUGCUCGUGUUGAUGAGGCCGAGUAGGGGUUUACCACGUCGCCAUUGACGAUGAUGAGUUACACACGGGGGCUGUCGUCCCUGCUCGCUGGGAUCUGGACCCGCACCGCUUCAGCCGUGACAGGGCCCGUGGGGGUCCCUUCACGUCACCGCACGGGGCCCCAUGCUGCCACCGUCGUGGUCGUCACCUGCAGGAGCGUGUUCAUCGGCCGCGCAGCGCUGCAGAGGCACCGGCUCUCCAGGGCGCAGCCUGACGCAGACAGCUCGAGCGCCGGCAGCAGAGUCACAAGCGACGAAGCUCACCAACGGCUGCAGCAACAGCAACGGCAACAUGAGAAGCAGCAGCAGCAGCAGGAGGAGGAGAAGAGUCAGCAGGAGGAAGAGCAGCAGCAGAAGCAGGCUCAAAAUCAGCAGCAACAGCAGGAGCAUCAGGAGCUUGCGAUGAAGCAGCAGCAGAAGAAAUAUUUUUGGAGCAAAGAGUCGACGGCGGGCCGCGCCGACACCGAUACCUCCGCUACCUCUCUCACCAUCUACGAGCACCGUUUUGCUGAGGCGGCUGCGGCAGGGCAUAGCAGCCGCACCAAGGCGGCGUUCAUGAGCGUCAUCGAGUCGUUCUGCCGGGACGACCCGCGCCGCCGCGGCCACGUGGACUUCGUGUACGCGGCGCUGCGGUGCAUGCGCGACUACGGCGUGCACCACGACAUCGCCGUCUACAACCGCCUGCUCGACGUCAUCCCCAAGGGGGUGUUCGUGCCGCGCAACGUGAUCCAGCGCACGUUCAACCACUACCCGCGCCAGCAGCAGUGCGGCAUCGCCGUGCUCGAGCAGAUGGAGAACUAUGGCCUGAUGCCUGACAAGGAGACACGGUCGCUGCUCAUCCAGAUCUACGGGCAGCUGAGCCACCCAUACCGCAAGUACCGCCGCAUCCUCUACUGGUUCCCACGCAUGAAGCACGUGAACCCGUACCCUGUGCCCGUGACGCUGCCCAGCGACCCGGUCACCCUCGCCUCGCUCGCACUCACGCGCAUGGCCGACGACCUCGACGCCAAGGUCACCGUCUACCAGAGUUCCUACAAUGAUGUCACGGAAGACGGCCGUGACGUGACCAAGCCCUACAUCGUCGGCAUCCAGAGCCCCGAUCAGCAGGAGUUGCUGUCGCGGCACCGCCCCGAGCGGCCCGUGUACGUGGAGGGGCCGUCGCGCCUGUGGCUGCGUGACGCCAACGUCUCCUACUACGUGCUCCGCGGUGACCCCCUCGCACCCCACGAGAAGAACCCCCCCAUCGACCCCGAGCGGAGCCUCUACUACCCCCUGCAGCUUGACCUUGACCUGACCCUCGACCUCUCCGAUGACUUUUCCUUCGAUGUCAAGGAGGUGGAGGAGGGCCCCGUGUUUGCCAUGUGCAUGGUGGGGCGUGGUGACCAGGCCACACUAGGGCACUGGCUCUCGGGCCUGCAGCUCUCCAAUCCUGUGUUGGGCCGCACGCCCAUCAUAUUCCGUCUGGAGAGCACGCCCAGCGACCUCGUGCCAGGCGGUGUGAGCCACGGGGGACGAGGGAACGGCAGCGAAGGGGGUCCCGGUGAAGAGCGGACAAAGUGACGCCGAGGGUCGGAGGAGCCUCAUCUCGAGAGCCUCCGCACGGCAGCCGCUACCGAUCGGUCAUGGCCGACGGCACUGUAAAGAGGAGGGAGAACUUCUUAGUGGUGGCUGACGGAGGCAUUCGGCCACAUGGUGUCGCCAGCACCACCACUGCGCUUGCCACGUGGUUGUUUACCACCCACCGGGUCGCCCUGCCCCCGUGACACCUGCGCGGUGGCGCCGCGCUCUGCGCUGGCACCUGCCACCACCGCUGCCGCCUCCUGUUGCAAGAUUUGCGAUGCCCCUGGUUGGAAGGGGGUUUUGGAGGUCCCGCGCGGCUGGCGACGUGGGCUGGUGGUGGCAUUAUCGUACGUGUGGGCCUGUAAAGCCGCAGAUGAGCCAGCUUGCUCAAGGGGGUGACUACGGUGAAAUGAAAUAAAAUAAAAACAAAAAAGAAUGUAAGCUUACUCUUUGGGUCUUUCGGUAAAGUCACGUAGACAGGUUAAAAGAAAAUAGCAAAAAACUACGACGUUUCGAUCGCAACACAAGCGUUCGUCAUCAGGAGGAGGGGGAGACAACCGCUAAAAAACGACUGCACAACCGAGUUGUGCCGGGGCUGUGCCGUGCCAAUCCAGCUCAGCGCGAACCAAGAGGCCACUGAGUUGUGUUACCACCGCAGAAGUCUUGAGUAGUGCCGCCGAAGUCGAGGCGCACGUGGGCGGCGCCGUGACGUUGCGUUUAAGUUGUCACAAACGAUGAUGACAUCAAUAUGCCCAUGUGGCAUCGGGUGAUGUCACUUUUGUGACGAUGAAGACGCGUUCAUUUAUUCCGUAUUGGUGAUCUGAACGAGAUCCAAAUUUGUCCCUAAAAAUCCAGAACGUUUUACUUUAACUCAACCCUUGGAGAUAGUCGAACAGAACUGCAUGGGUUAUGUGUUCCUUUCAACAAUUAAGUAGAACCUUGCACACAAUAGGACAAUGAGCCAGAUUGUUACAGGGUUGUAUUUUAGUUUUACAUCAACCCUAAAUAGAUUGUUGGCUCGUGAGUGUAAAAAUAUAAUUUUAAUCUAAAUUAAAAUGUAUUUGAAACCUCUA